CUGGGUAUCAAUGCUCUGGGCUUUUCACCGCUCAACAACACACCUCGGCUUCUGCACGACCACAAUGAGUUCCUCAAUGAGAAAGUUUUCCUUCGGGGCAUUGAUAUAUAUUAUUCUAUUAUUCUGAACCUUGCCAACCUGAAGCCUUAUUAAAGGUACCGAAAAUAUUCGAUUUAGAGGUAAUUACCCUGCUUGUUUGGUAGGUAGGUGUUAAAUAAGUCAGUUUAAUGUUGUGUUCAGUAUUUUAAGUAAGGUACAAUACUAUUGUAAUUGGCGACCUGAACCGGCAUACACAAAACUUUUAAGUGCUAGCAAACAGUUGUUCAGGCUGACAUUUUCCUGUUGAGCACAAAUAGUACAUACACAAAACUUUUAAGGGCCUUAAUAGUACUGUUAAGUUAAAAGACCUCGGGAGCACUUUUAAGUCCCAUAAUAGUCAUCUGUUAGUUGAUACCAUGGCAAACCAUCAUUUUUAUCAGCGGCGGCAACGCAUUUACCGGGAAAGGAGAUAUAUAUUUAAUGAAUAUAGUGUUUAUAUAUUAAAUAUGUUGUGUGUAUUCCCUCUUUACAGCAGAGAUCUUCUUUCUUGACUUGGACAAUACUGAGAAAAGGCGUGUCUCACACUUUGCCACUGACCUCACCACACCAGGAAAUGCAGCAUUAACUCAUGGUAAUUUCCGGCCAUGCCCUCUUUGGCUAUUUAUUGUUAACCACCCAUCACCUUUUUUCACAUGAAAAUAUUUUUUUGCUGGUUUUCUUGCCGUUCAAGAUGAAUCUGACAUUUAUUUUAAGGGCAAAUCACUUUUCUUUUAGGAAGUGGCCUGUUAGGUCUGGUAACCUAACAAAUAAAAAAAAAAGUUAUGUUAGGUUACCUGACCUAAGAGGCCACGUCCUAACCUAACUUAAAAAGAUUAGGUUAGGUUACCUGACCUAACAGGGCAUGUCCUAACUGAACCUAAAAUAUAGUUAGGUUCUGUUAGGUUACCUGACCUAACAGGCCACGUCCUAACCUAAAUAAAAAAGUGAUUUGCCCAAAAGCAAGAAAACUAGCGAAAAAAUAUAUCACGUUUAUUUUUGGAAUGCGCCGCUUACUUUAAGUAUAUUCUUUCAUUACCCGAUGAUCUACUAAAUGGUAAGAAAAAAAAUCGUAAAAAGGUGAUGGGUUGAUAACGAAAAUACCCUUCUUUUUGUCUUUAUUAUUCAGGAAAGCUAGCGGCCAUUCAAUAUUAACUUUUUCUCUUCAAUGGCAUCCACCAAUAAUAAAGUCUGGUCUGCUGUCCAGUUGGGCUUCCUUUUCUUUCGUGGGGUUGAG